CCUGAUAGGUUUACACUGCUUUUCAAAGACUUUUGGAAUCGACGCAUCUCUCCUCUGAAACUUGUUUUUCUUCCAGAAAAAAGGAAAUAUUAACUGGGUUAUUUUCCCCCCGUUUGCGUUUGUUUUCGUCUCUAGAAGCUGCGAGGAGCUACAAAAUCAGCAGGGGGACAUUUUCUUUUUUCUUUUUUCCUAAUCUUCGCGGAUUUUUAACGGAUCACCAUGCCUCUGUCGUUUAUGGUAAGAAGCAAAAAGUUCACUUCCUACAGGCAAAAAAAUUUCGAUGAAGAUGACUCGGAGGCCUCCGCAACAUCUGAAAUCCCAGCAGCCGUUCAGACCACAGACAUUUCAGACAGGCCUAAGUCAGAGGGGCAAUCUUCCCCUGAAGACCCCCGCCUACUUACUAAGGAGGAACCGGAGCUUGAAUGUCCCUUACCGCUUCACCCAGAGCCAAGCAGACCUCUCAUGACUCAGACACAGCCAUACUACCUGCCAGAGCCUCACUUAGCUGACUUCCAACCUUAUGGCUCACAGUCGCCUUAUGCCUGGGAGACAUUGUCUCCUUCCUACAAGCUCCGUCAGAUGAGUUUCAGCCCCAAAGUGCUGCAGCAUGCCAGUAACCUGUACAGCACCAACAUCAACCGUAGUCCUCAGCCUCAGCAGCCUCUAGACUGCAGCACUCACUACUCGCCUUCUUCGAACACCUAUCACUGUAUCACCUGUGACAAGGUAUUUUCAACUUCCCAUGGACUGGAGGUUCAUGUCAGAAGGUCUCACAGUGGAAUGAGGCCGUUUGGCUGCAGCAUCUGCAGAAAAACAUUUGGUCAUGCUGUCAGCCUGGAGCAGCACAUGAACGUCCACUCUCAGGAAAAAAGUUUCGAGUGCAAGAUGUGCGGCAAAUCCUUCAAGCGUUCAUCCACGCUCUCGACACACCUGCUUAUCCACUCCGACACCAGGCCUUACCCCUGCCAGUACUGUGGCAAGAGAUUUCAUCAGAAAUCUGAUAUGAAAAAGCACACCUACAUACACACUGGUGAAAAACCUCACAAAUGCCAAGUUUGUGGCAAAGCUUUCAGCCAAAGCUCCAACCUGAUCACACACAGCCGGAAACACACAGGAUUUAAGCCCUUCGGGUGUGACAUUUGUUCAAAGGGCUUCCAGCGCAAGGUUGAUCUGCGCAGGCACCACGAGAGCCAGCAUGGCAUAAACUGAAGAGGAAGUGUUCUCUUUCUUGUUGUUGUUGUUUUUUAACCUGUGUGAUAAAUAAUAUUUAACAAUAUGCUCAGUAGAACCCAGUUAAGGUUAAAAGGCACUAUGUAAGUUACAUUGAAAGAAAUCUUUCAAGAUAUGAAUGAAUGUUUAUUCUGAUGCACUUUUCAUUGUGUUGUUGCAGUGUUGCAAUGUUCCAUUACUUAGAGUCCAAUAAAUAUUGAAGCAAUCUCAAAUGUC